UGCCCGCCCGCCCGCCACGAGCCCCGGGCCCGCGGCCCCUGUGUAGCGCGGAGGAUGGCCGGGGAGCGGCUGCUCCUGCUCGCCGCGGCGCUCGCCCUCCUGCCGGCAGCCCCGGCCCUGAGCGCCUCCGCGGAGGAGCCAGCCCCCGCCAUGCAGGCAUUGCAACAUACUUUCGAGAAUGUUAAACACAUAAAGAUCAGUGUGCAUCCAACCUCAUCUAUCCAGGUUUCAAGCUCAGGAACAGACAACUUAACAAUCUAUGAAUCUCAUACAACACCUUUUGGGUCUGAAGAAAAGAAAGAAGAGAAAACCCUGAGGAACCUCGUGGAGAUUCUGCAGGAUAUGAUACAAGAUGUUCCUACACAGCGCACACCAACUGAGCAAACAAUCAUUACACCCAAAAUAGUGAAAUCGUAUGUUAAUGGAAAUAUUGACUCUCUUUGGUUAAAUGUGGGCCAAAAACAUGGUGGAAAGCUACAGAAGUCAAAGAAAAAGGCUGCUGUUACAAGACAAUUUACCACAUCUACAACAACCCCAUUUUGGAGACUGCGAACUGGCACGGAAGUUUCUGUUGUUUUACACACUAAUGAGUCUUCUAGCUCAACAACACCACUGAAAAACAUAUUUAUUACAUUUGAAAAUGCUGUUUCGAAAAGAAAAAGUAAGACUUUUGAUCAGCUAACAAAUGGAUCCCUGGAAAAUCUAGUUCAGUCUUUAAAGAAUGUAAAAAAACUCAAAGAAACAGAAAACAUCACCAAAAAAGCAGAAAAACUGAAACACGUUGCAAAGGUGAAAAAGCUACAUGUAUAUGACAAGGUGAAACAUCGACCUGCGGGUGAAGCAAUCUUGGAGAAGAUUGAAAAGCUAAAAAAAUUGUUACAGAAGCCACCACAUUAUGUUAAACAAAAUCCACAUCUCCAAGAGUAUGUUGAAUCAUCUGAAAACUAUAUAACGAAAUCUCUUAUGCUGGAAAAAGAAGCAGAGGCUUCACUAGGUCUGCUGUAUCACCAACCUAAGCCUUCACCUCUGAAAAAAAAGGUAGAACAGAACACAGAAGAAGUAGAACAGGACACAGCAGAAAUCAGAAAGUUAAGAGCAUUUAUUAACCUGCUGUAUGAUUUUAGUCCUCAGCUAACUACAUAUAUUGAUAGUGCUGACAAGAAAUAUGUCCCAGAGGAUAUUAGUGUAAAAGCUAUUGCUGUUCUUGAUGCUAUGAAACAUGUUUUCUGUGGAAGUCAGGCAGAGCAAAACAAAAAGGUGUUGAAGAAGUUGCUAGAGGAUGAUAUAAAGCUUUUAAACAUGGUUCUUAAGAACCACGAAUAGACUCUUAAAAAUAGUUAUUUAUUGGUGCCCUUCAUUGCAUUAACUUUAAUUUUAAAGUUCGAUUUUCUAGUUUGUCAUUGUCAUCUAGACCUGAUCUCUGUUGUAACAAUAUUCAUCUCAGUAAUUAAACACCAUUUUUAAAAAAUGUUCAUUUUCAGUGUUUACCAUGAUGGGUUGUUGACCUUGGAUAAGCUUAUUCUGUUGUUAAAUUUGUGUUGGCAUCUGAAUGAAUUAUGCUUAGAUAUAUUGUUAGUUUAAAAUUUUACAGUUUCCUUUUGUAAGGGUUGUUGUGCAAUGCUGUUGUAAUAUUUACCACUUAG